AAGCCAAAUUGGGAAGCUUCAAAUAUCAGAGGGAAAUUGCCCUUCCUGUCUUCCUAAGGUAGUUGGCACUUGACAGUUGGUUCAUACAAGAGUCGCUCUCUCUCUCUGAUUUUCUGGGUCGUUCUCUCUGUAACUGAUAGAUUCAAGAGUGGACUGAAUACAGCUUAUACUACUUCCCCUUCUUUAUCUUCAUGUAAAGUCCGCAGCUUUUUUAUCUGGGUGGGAAAUGAGAAGAACUUGCUAAGCUUGAAAAAUUGGCUUUUUGUGCUGUGAACUUGGGUGUGUGAUGGAGAUUCCUUCCUUUCAUCAUUUGAAUGUGUGGAGGGUAUGUGCAAAUAUGCGAGUCUGGACCUUUUACUUGCUUCUGUUGCUGCUGAAGAGUGAUGUUGUGUAUUCUGGUUCUGAAUACUUGAUUGGUCUUGGAAGCUAUGAUAUUACGGGUCCUGCUGCUGAUGUUAACAUGAUGGGGUAUGCUAACACAGGACAAAUUGCAUCUGGAAUUCACUUCAGGCUGCGUGCUCGUGCUUUCAUCGUUGCAGAGCCAAAGGGUAAACGGGUAGUGUUUGUGAACCUUGAUGCUUGUAUGGCUUCACAGAUUGUGACCAUCAAAGUAAUUGAGAGGCUUAAGGCAAGAUAUGGUGACCUAUAUACUGAAAAGAAUGUAGCCAUCAGUGGGAUUCACACUCAUGCUGGUCCUGGGGGUUAUCUUCAAUAUGUUGUGUAUAUUGUAACAUCUUUUGGAUUUGUGCGCCAGUCCUUUGAUGUCAUUGUUGAUGGCAUUGAGAAAUGCAUUAUUCAGGCCCAUGAAAAUCUCCGCCCAGGAUCAAUAUUUGUCAAUAAGGGACAGCUCUUAGAUGCUGGUGUAAAUCGCAGUCCCAGUGCUUAUCUCAAUAACCCUGCUAAAGAGAGAAGCAAAUACAAGUAUAAUGUUGAUAAAGAAAUGACGCUUUUAAAAUUUGUUGAUGAUGAAUGGGGACCUGUUGGAAGCUUCAGUUGGUUUGCUACUCAUGGGACUUCAAUGAGUCGUACAAACUCGUUAAUUAGUGGGGAUAACAAAGGUGCUGCUGCACGAUUUAUGGAAGACUGGUUUGAGCUAAAGGGUUCAGGAAGAAUGGAUUCUGAUGUAUUUGAAAACAAUGGUUUGCCCCAAGGAAUCUCAAAUAUAAUUCCUACCCUUCGUGAUAAUCAUCAUGAAUUACUGGAACUUGCUGCCUCCUUCCAAUCGCCUCCUGGUAGACCAGCAACCAGAAUUUCAAGUGUUGCUAGACGCGUGAGAGGAGCUCUUAGGCAAGUUGACAAGCCUAGGUUUGUGUCUGCAUUUUGUCAAUCAAAUUGUGGAGAUGUUAGUCCAAAUGUGCUUGGAGCUUUUUGUAUAGACACUGGAUUACCUUGUGACUUCAAUCAUAGUACAUGUGAAGGGAAGAAUGAAUUAUGCUAUAGCCGAGGACCUGGUUACCCAGAUGAAUUUGAAAGUACUUGCAUUAUUGGGGAAAGACAAUUUAGAAAAGCAGUGGAUCUUUUCAAUGCAGCAGAUGAAGAGAUUGAAGGGGAGGUUGAUUUUCGACACGCCUAUAUAGAUUUCUCCCAACUUGAGGUAACAAUUUCGAAUCAGGGAGCUUCUGAAGUUGUAAAGACAUGCCCUGCUGCAAUGGGAUUUGCAUUUGCCGCUGGAACAACAGAUGGACCUGGAGCUUUUGAUUUUAAGCAAGGUGAUGACAAGGGUAAUCCUUUCUGGAAGCUGGUUCGCAACUUACUCAAGACACCAAGCAAGGAACAAAUAGAUUGUCAGCACCCAAAGCCCAUUUUGCUAGACACUGGUGAAAUGAAGAAACCAUAUGAUUGGGCUCCUUCAAUACUUCCAAUUCAGAUCCUUCAAAUCGGGCAGUUUUUCAUUCUUAGCGUACCAGGAGAAUUCACAACAAUGGCUGGGAGGCGUCUUCGUGAUGCAGUGAAGAUGGUGCUAAGUAAUGAUGAAGAUUUUGAAUAUGAAGACAUUCAUGUUGUUAUAGCAGGGUUGACUAAUACAUAUUCACAGUACGUCACUACAUAUGAAGAGUAUCAAGUGCAAAGAUACGAGGGUGCUUCCACACUAUACGGUCCGCACACACUGAGUGCAUACAUUCAAGAGUUUAAGAAACUGGCAGAGGGACUGAUGAACAACGAACCGGUUGAAGCUGGUCCUCAACCCCCUGAUCUCCUAGAUAUGCAAAUAAGCUUGCUUCCACCAGUUGUGGUGGAUGGAACUCCCCUUGGUGUAAAUUUUGGGGAUGUUUGCUCUGAUGUGUCUCAGAACUCAACCUUCAAGAGUGGUGACACGGUGACAGUUACAUUCUGGUCAGCGUGCCCUCGUAAUGACCUUAUGACUGAAGGCACCUUUGCACUGGUGGAGUUUCUCCAACAAAAGGAUACUUGGAUUCCUGCUUACGAUGAUGAUGAUUUCUGUCUGCGCUUUAAGUGGUCACGGCCUUCAAAACUCAGUUCUAGAAGUAAAGCAACCUUGGAGUGGAGGAUACCACAGGGCGUGACUCCUGGUGUGUAUAGAAUAAAACAUUUUGGUGCUGCUAAGGGCUUAUUUGGAUCAAUUAAUCACUUUACAGGUUCAUCCAGUGCUUUUGUAGUAGCAUAAAGGGUGUCAUAUUUUGUGCUGUAUUUGUGAUUUGUUGUGCUCAACUUGAGCAGAAUCCAUUCAAUCCUGAUGAAGGAUGGUUCCCAUGUGGAUCAUCUUUCAUCAUCUCUUUUCUUUUUUAUCUAUAUAUAAAAACUAAUCUAAAACACUAAAAAUAAAUAUUGAUUUUUUCUGAUUCGGUAUUCCGCACUUACAAUUGACGAUAAAAGAAAAAUAAAUUGUACAUGAUAAGCAUACAAGAAAAGAAAAAGGAGGAGGAAUACCUUGGGGGCUGGGAAGGGUAAGGGGAAAAUUUCGUUCGGAACUGGAACUGGUGAUCUUGAGUAAGGGCGUUGAAUCGUUUUAUGUAUCUGUAUUUCGUAUUUUGUCAAUUUGUGGUGGUGGUUGGGUUGAAGCAUUUUUUCAAAAUUUUGUUAAUUAAUUUUGAAAGCAGACUUUCAUUCAUUGUUUCUUUUGAUGUAACCUAAAGUGAUUGUUUAUAUACUUCUUGAUAAGUUGCAUAUUGAAAAACGUGAGAGUUUAUUCUUACUU